UCUCUUAAUUAAAUGACUGAUUUCGCCGGCGCCGGAGAUUGGGAUUUACGGGCGGUUGUCCGGGGCUGCAAUUUCUCCAUGGACGACCACCCACAUACAUGUUUCUCUCCAUUGAUUACCGACAACAACAACGAUGAUGAUCUGAUUUUUGGAAAUUUCGUUUUUCCAGAAUAUUUAUUUGAUAGUAAUACUACUGCAAGUAAUAAUUCAGAUCUCGAUCUUGAAGAUCUAUACAAACCCUUUUAUCCGACAAGCUCCAAUCACUGUACUUUCUCUCCUCAAUCUACUUCAUCGGAGAAGUUGCUUUCCGAUGAUUCCCUUGUCGGUACGGCUGUUGCUGCUGAUGCUGAUUGUUCUAAAGCUGUCGGAUCAUCAAGUAAAUAUAGAAAAAGAAAAAAUCAGCAUAAGAGAGUUGUGAUGGAAGUAACAGCCGAAGGUCUAUCUUCAGACAUGUGGGCUUGGCGUAAAUAUGGUCAAAAACCCAUUAAAGGAUCUCCAUAUCCAAGGAGUUACUAUAGAUGCAGCAGUUCAAGAGGAUGUCCAGCAAGGAAACAAGUUGAACGUAGCCAUUCGGAUCCGACGACUUUCAUUAUCACCUACACAGCCGAACACAACCAUUCCAAGCCCACUCGUAGGAAUUCACUCGCUGGCACCACCCGCCAACGUUUUUCUAAUAGUCCUGUCUCGAUUGGUACCAAUAAACCGACACUCAUGGAGGAUGUUGAGGAUAAGAAAAAGAUGAAGAAUAAGAAGAAUGUGGACAGAAUUAGAUCAGUGUUGUUGAAGAAAAAUGAAAUGGAGACAGGAUUAUUAGAAGAUAGAUUCAUAAAUGAAGCAGCCGAGGAAAAUGUUAUAAGUCAUGAUCAUCAUAUGAUGAUAAUGAACGAUGACUUUUUCGUGGACUUUGAGGAACAAUUAAACGAUAUCGGAUUUAAUCAAACACAUUCGGCCACCACUACCACUACCACCAGCGGCAGCAGCUUUUGGUGACUUUCAUUUGUUUGUUUUUUUCUUCUUCAAGAAUUAUUGGAAUAUUAAUUAAUGUGAUCACAUGAGACAAGAAUAACAUGGAUAGAGAAUAUUGGGUGUAAGAGAAAAAUCCAGAAAUGGAAGUCUUAGGUAUAAUUAAUACACUUUUCUUGAUCAUACGUCUCUUUUUCAAUCAAAAUAUA